GCCUGUGCUGAAGUGUCCUUAUAAUAGUUAUAUUUUAACUCGUCUUCUUUUAUUGACGAUGGUUUCGGUUCGUUUUUUCCGCGCCUAUACGUCACUUACCACGUUCGCAUGUUUUUCCGGCUGUUGGAAUGCGCUAUCGAGGAUAAAUGUUUGCGAUUUGUGAAGCGCUUCAAGUGGCCUUAUCUUUUAACAGUGGCAUUUUAUAACACAUGAACGGCAGUCGGCGGGUACGUGAGCACUGUGGGUGCCCGAUAGCGGCGGAGUUGACUGUGUAAGAUGAGCCUCUCAGCCCGCUUUGUUUUGCAUCGCCGUUGUUUACUGCCAUCAACAUUCGUAAGGCGCCCGAAGUUUGAACCGCGGUCUGAACACGUGAGGUUUGUCAGUCGUCUCCACAAGCACCUUUCUAACAACAACAUUGACGGCUGCUGGAAUGUUGUUGAUGACCCGCCGAAAGAAUUUAACUUUUCUCGAGACAUCAUCGACUUCUGGGCGGCGGAGAAGCAGAAAAAGAGCAUUGGCGGCAUGCCUGCGUUCUGGUUUGCAAAGGAUAGCAGCAGUGAGCCAGAUAUCAAAUACACAUUUCCUGAUCUCAGCAACCUCUCCCGGAGGGUGGCUGGCUUCUUCAAGCAUGACCUUGGCCUUGGCAAAGGUAGCCGGCUUUUGGUGAUCCUGCCAAAGACGCCAGAGUUCUGGCUUGUUCUCUUAGCAGCCAUCAGAUGCGGCAUAACUCUCACCACCUGCACCACCAUGCUUACGGCUAAGGACAUCGAGUUUCGGGUGGCCAAGUUUCAGCCCGACUGCAUCGUAGCUGGAUUGAAUGAGAUGGCUGCAGUUGAUGAGGUGGUUCGGAGCUUCGACUGCGUGCAGCACAAAGUGCUCGUCUCAAAAGAACCAGCGAGGAACGGCUGGAAGUUGUUUGACUCGUUGCUUCGAAACUCUUCUGAGCAUGAGGGCGACGCAACAUCCACGGACGACCCAGCCGUAGUCUUCUUCACAAGUGGCACGACCGGUCCCCCCAAGAUGGUGGAGCACACACAGGGCUACUUUCUCGCCCACUUGUCUACAGCAUGCCACGUGCACAGUCCUGAGCAGCACGAUGUUGUGUGGUGCAUCGCGGACCCUGGCUGGGCAAAGACGGCAUGGGGCACGUUCCCUACUUGGCUCAUGGGGGCCUGUUUCUUCCAAGCACAGAUGCCCAAAUUCCUGUCCACGACAACACUCGCUGUUCUGCGGGACUACCCCAUCACUAAGCUGUGCGCCCCUCCAACUGUGUACCGGGCCUUGCUUCAGAAGGACUCCUCCCAGUUCAAGUUUAAAAGCCUCGUCGACUGCAUAUCUGCAGGAGAGCCCAUGAACCCAGAGGUGAUGCUGAAGUGGCAAAAUUUAACUGGAAUUGAGAUCAGGGAAGUGUAUGGCCAGACGGAAACGGUGGUGUUAUGUGCUUCACCGAGGCAUCAUCCAAUCAAACCUGGUUCCAUGGGUAUUCCGCCACGAAACAUAUUGCUACAGAUCCAUGACGAGAAAGGGAGAGAGGUGGCUGUCGGCGAGACUGGCCUCAUCGCCGUAGACGUGAGCAAGAAGCGCCCCUUCGGGCUUUUUGCUGGAUACAGGGAUGACCCUGAGAGGACCGCCAUCGCCUUUCGAAAUGGUUUUUAUUACCCUGGUGAUCGUGCUUCCAUGGACAUCGACGGGUACUUCUGGUUUUACUCCCGCGCCGAUGACGUCAUCAUCUCAGCAGGGUAUCGCAUCGGGCCCUUCGAAGUCGAGAGCGUACUCAUAGAACACCCCGCGGUUGUGGAGUGUGCUGUGGUCGCCAGCCCGGAACCUAAUCGUGGAGAAGUUGUGAAAGCCUUUGUCGUACUGCAUCCGGACUACAAAUCGCACGACCCCAACAGUCUAGCCGAAGAGCUACAGCAGCAUGUCAAGAAACACACCGCACCGUACAAGUACCCUCGCAAAGUGGAGUUUGUGGAUGAGCUUCCCAAGACAAUCAGUGGCAAAAUUCUGCGCCAUCUGCUUCGUGAGAGAGAAAAGUCAGCUGCUGUUCGGUGCUGAAGGUGGCUGUCACCGGACCGGCACUUUAGAGGCCGACUGCAACGACUUUUCACUUCAGCUAAACCGUUUAUAAAUGAGUAACAUUACAGGCUAUUGAAGCAACCUCAGCAAAGCUGCAAGGCUGGUAAAUGUCUAACUUUUUUUUUUAUAAGCACCUAAGCAGAGAUUCUUGCUGAAACAUUGGCUUCAGCUUGAGACAUCCCUCGUUUGACCACUGCCAAUCAACAUUGUUACCCUGACAAAGCAGAUAGCAAAGCAAGUUGUGAUUAAGUCACAACUUGCAGUUAAAGCACGAAAUGUUUUUCAGAAGAGAUUACAGAUGUGCCUCAGUGGGAAUGACUAUGUCAAUUGUUAUGCAAAAGAGAUUUUAGCCAUUUUAUUGACAGAACAUUGAUUUUCUUUUUUCUUCUCAGUGGUCUUUCAUCACUUGGGUUUUUUAAACACUUAGUUUACCAUAAGUGCCGGUGUUCAUUCAUGAAUGCAUAAGCUAGGAGGUCACAGAGUUCCAGUGCUUUGGAAAUUCAAGACUGACAUGCAAUGCUUAUGUGGCUCUGAGACCUUUUGUUUACUGUUAGCAGUACUUAUGAGCUAAGAAAUGGACCAUUCUUGUUUGUUACUUUGCCGUGCUUUGGUUUCAGCAUGACAUAUAAGAAAGAGAAGGACUUUAACAAGGAUGUAAUGGUAUGAUGACGACGACUGAUGCCGAAGAAUGCAGUGUGAUGACAUCAGCAUGAUGACUGAAGAGACCAACACCUUCAGUGGGGAAAUUAAAGGCUUUAAUGCGCUAAAGAAGUAUUCCUGAUUUGCAGGUAAAAGCAAAAACUUAUCGUUGGGAAAGAGGGGGGGGAGGGGUGCGCACGCUCUCCAUGCCAGCUCGUGAACGAAGCAACUUCUUGUAAGAUGCAACGACAAAGAUGGGACAGCAGCAAUAGUGAUGGCAUUCUAACUAUGACCGCACGAAAACACCUUGUUGACCGACAUCUAAAGCGAUAUCACGUACAAAGCUCAUAUAGGAGUCCCGGAAGGUAUCAAAGACAUGGGAGCUCGUAACUACUGUUUCCGGUUAGGAAAUUUAAAAGGGAAUGAAAGGGUCAUUUGGAAGUUUGAACAGUUUUUUCCUUCUAUAUUUUUUUGUGUGAUAUGGCUUCAUGGUGCACGUAAGCAGAUUUUAAUAUAUUUUAAUAGAUGUUUGGCAGUUUGUUAGCAUAUUUUGAUAUAUUUUAAUAAACGAGGCUGUUUGGCGAUUUAUUCCACACACUAGCGCCUUUUUUGCAUUGUCGUAGUUUUCACAGAGAAAAACAGAAAAGGAAAACAUAGAUAAUGCAGCAGGUACCAACUUCAGUUUGUAUGUACUGUUGCUUUAUUUCUGGCUUGGCCCAUGCAGACAAAGGCCCUGUAUUCUUAACUGAUUAAGGUCACUCUUGAUUGUGGCUUAGCUAAUUUACAGCAAUAAUAAUAAAUUCUGUUGUGUGGCUUUGGGCUUUUGUGGUAAAAAGCCAGAUUAUUUCGAAAGGAGCUUACACGAUACAAUGUGCGUAUAUGUGCAUCGGGUGUGUACACGGUGUCCAUGCAUUGCAAUUGCUUUGAAAGCCAAUGUCAGAGAAAUCAGCCUUUUUCUAUCGUGGAUGUUUUUGCUGUUAUAGCUGGAAGCAUGAACUUUGCGGCAGUUGCAGCAGUGAAUUGUGUGGCAAACACAUGUGGUAGCCUACAACAAUUUUUUUUUACAAGUUGUGCAAACUGGUAAAGUGAUUUUUUUGUACUUCUCUUUUUAUUCUUCAGAAUAAGUAAGUGGAUGUUUA